GCGGAGCCGGGCGCCGGGCUGGAGCCGCAGCGCGGAACCGGGUCUUAGUCCCCAGAUCAGAUUGGUUGCCUGGCACUUCAUCUGUGGCAAGCAGGAUAAUGGCUGCCAGCAAGAGCAAGAACCAGAGUUCCUUGGCCCUCCAUAAAGUAAUUAUGGUUGGCAGUGGAGGUGUAGGCAAAUCUGCACUCACUCUUCAAUUUAUGUAUGAUGAGUUUGUAGAAGACUAUGAACCUACCAAGGCUGACAGCUACAGAAAGAAAGUAGUUCUGGAUGGCGAAGAAGUUCAGAUAGACAUUCUGGACACAGCAGGACAGGAGGAUUAUGCAGCUAUCAGAGAUAACUAUUUCCGUAGUGGGGAAGGGUUUCUUCUAGUCUUCUCAAUAACAGAGCAUGAAUCCUUCACAGCAACAGCAGAGUUUCGGGAACAGAUCCUGCGUGUGAAGGCUGAAGAAGAUAAAAUCCCUUUGCUGGUAGUGGGAAACAAAUCUGACUUGGAAGAGCGCAGACAAGUACCUGUAGAAGAGGCUAGAAGUAAGGCAGAGGAGUGGGGUGUGCAGUAUGUAGAAACCUCUGCCAAAACUAGAGCGAAUGUAGAUAAGGUAUUCUUUGAUUUAAUGAGAGAAAUCAGAGCAAAGAAAAUGUCAGAAAACAAAGACAAGAAUGGCAAGAAAAGUGGCAAGAACAAGAAAAGCUUUAAAGAAAGAUGUUGCUUACUGUGAUGCUUGGGAACUGUAAAUAUCUAUCUACAGGUGGCAUGGAUAAGAUACCACUAAGGAUAUAGGGCUGGAUUCAUGAAAGGAAGUCUGUAUUGACUCCCUGAUCUUUUGUUUUGCAUAUCACACCUUCAAAAUGUGAAAACAGAACUUUGAAACCAUUUCUGGUAUCCAACAAAACCUAUGCCUACUUAAACUGAAAUGGGCGCCGUCUUCCCAGUGUCUUUCAAAACUAGAAACAGUUUCAGAACUGCAAUCCUUCUGCUUGGUUAUACAAAGUACUUUCGUAUUAAUGUCCUAGUUUACUGUAAUGUUUCUUUGAAUAUGUUUCUCUUGAACCUCUACUGGCCUUAACAAGCACAGCUGUUCAGGUUCAAACAUUUUUUCUCCACUGUUGCUGCCCUCCUUGGUGAUGCAAACUGCAGAAAAGCUAGAUGACAUGUGGUAAAGGGUUUGAGUCUCCAUCUUCUGUUAGUUGUCACUGAUAUUUCUUACACUGAAAUCUGCUGGCUUCCUCCACACACUCCAUGUAAGAAAUAGCAACUGACACUUGAGAGUCAACUCAAAACAAACUUUCUUCCCUGUUCUGUUUAGUCAAUACAGCAUUCAUGAAUCAAGCCUAUGGACUCAAUUCAGACUUAUUUAGGCAAUGCAAAAAUUGAUAUUUAAAUACUGGCUAGAUGCAUUCCCUGCUGGUCUGUCUUCUCAUCCUUAAAUUAGUGGUAUGGGGUGAGAAAAUGACUGUAAGACUUUCUUCAAAAGGAAUAAUAUUGUCACAAUCUUCUUGAAAUGCUGUCCUGGGUUUCUUCCAUGUAUAGUGGCUAGACUCAAUUUCACUCACUCUACAUCCAUCAUCCUUCCCCUCACUGGUACUGGAAUGGUGGAAAAUCAAAGUGUUGAUUUCAUUGGUUUUGUUUAUAUUGGAACACUUGUGAUCAUGUUGGAAAAGUGGGAACAUCUCCAUCUGUCUCUUGUCUUGCUGAAGAUGAAAACUUUGAGUAAGGAUGGGUCACAUCACACAAUCGUGACUUGAAAUAGGUGAGGCAUACAUGCUACCUCUCAAUGAUUAGCUGGCUAGUGAGUUGUAUGGUGUCAAAGCAAAUGAAGUUAAGCAGUUACCACAUCUGUUACUCACUGUUAAUUUUAUAUGUACUAUUUCUGAUGCACAGCAACCUAGCACAUGGAGAUGCAUGUUGAGUUUUGCUGUCAGUUAUGCAAUGGUGGUCAUGUAUUGAUCAACAAAACCCAGACUAGAAAUGGAAAAGUCAGUACUUAGCAGGUCCUCUUGUCAGCUGACUGAACUGAGCUUUCUGAUGCGGUUUAAGUGCAGUUGCCAAAAACCCCUUCUGUCACUGUUGUGGAAAGUAACUGUCUCUUCCGACUGGAGUCUCUCAAUGAAUUACGGCUAUCUUCUGUUUUGAAGGAGUAGAGAGACUUAAAGCAGUGACUGUAUCUUGCUUGUUAACUGCAUGCUUAAAACACAGUUACUUGGUGAAAGGAAUAUGCUAUGUGGUUGUUCAAUGAAGCACACUACAGCACUAAAUUAACAAAUAGUGUUUUUUCUUGAGGUGAAGGAGUAGCGAGUACUGUUCAGUAAAUAGUAUUGUAAUUUGAGGUUGAAAAAUGUUAUUUAACAUGUACUAGAUUGCUCUUGUGCAUUCUAUCUCUGAACUUUGAAAAAAAACCUAAGAUGUGUUAGACAUCAGAACCUCUGUUGCUCUGAGGUUUCACAAGGACUUAGCACAAACUCAUUGUCUUCCAUAACUAGUUCAACUUGUCAGGCAACUCAUUGGAUUGGGGAAACUGUACUAAAUAAAAGGUGCUGUAAUCUUCAUUCUUGUCAAGUUAAAUUCCUUCUUUGUUAAUUUUAACUUGUAUGUGCAGAAAGAAUGGUUAACCAAUUCUGGAAAUAUUUCUCUUUGAAUAGUGUAAUUAAUUUGUAUUACAAACCCAGUUUGACAAUACAGUUUUGAAGCAGAGGCUGGGAGCCUGCUGGCUUACAGAACUUGUCACUUGAGCUGUAUCACCUGUGUCUAAAGCCUAAGCACCUAAUGGGAUACUUGGAGCUGUAACACUUCUAACAAAGUUUCCUCUUGAACUUCCAUGGAUAAAGUCCAUUUUUGAGUGCACAUUGUGCAUACAGCAAAUGAAUGUCUGCUUCUGGAGGAAGGCAACUCACUUAGGUUUGGUUUUAGUUGACACCUAAAGGUUAAGUCCUUAAUUAACCUAAAGGAUAAAUGACAGCUGAGUUCACAUUACGAGCUUAUCUAGGUCAAGCCCCUCUGAGGUGGAUUGUAAAAUGUGACUAACAAAACUGACUAAGCUUUCCUUAAAACUGAAUAAGCUUUCAUUGCUAUAUGAAUAAUGAACUUGGCAAAGCUCACAAUGAGCAGCUCAGCUGUAUUGGCUCAAGAGACUUGCAUGCUUUGACCUUUGAUUGCUUUAAAGGUUAAAGUACCUUACAGUAUUUGAUAAGACAAAUGAAUUUCUACUCAGAACAGUGAAUCUCCCACUGAUGUUCUUACAGUCCAUGUGCUGUUCUCACUCAGGUUAUUUUUUAACUGAUAAAGCUCUACCACUGAGGUGGGCUUACUUGGAAGAAGGUGCUUGCUGUUUCAUGGCUUGAUACUGCAUUUCUUCAGUGUUCUGUGCUUGUCACCUUUUCCAGAAAGACUAGGCUUGGAGACUAAAUACAGCAGCUUUUAAGUAUUUCUCUGUACUUGUGACAAACUUCAGUUUAACUUUCCAGUUACAGCUGAAAACAUGAUAAACAAGGCAGCUACUUCAUAACAGUAGGCAACAAUUAUUCUGACUUGCACCAGGAAGGCAAUAAAACUGCUCCCCUGGACUGGAGUCCUGUUGCCUUCACCUCAUAUGGUGGAAGUGCCUGAAUGUAUGCCCUUCUAAAUAGGGCAAUACAAUUUGAGGGUCCUUGAAUGAAUGACUUCCAGAUGUGUUUCACUGGGCAUCAAUGGACAUCAGCAUCAGGUGGGUUAAC